GGCUGCAGGGUAUGGGAGAGUAGGGAGACUUGAGCUCUGAAAAACCUACCAGCUUACCCUGAUGACAUUACAAACUGAGGUGGUUACUUUGUCUUUGGAGCACUAGGAAUAGGCCAGGUAAGGUCAAAGGGUUAAGUCAGUUAUUGGGCCAUGGAUAAUUUUAUAAAGCCUAGGAAUAAUGGUGAGAGAAGAAUUGAGGGUUGAGGCAAAGACUCUAAGCUGUAUUGGGCAGAGAUGAUGGGAAAAGGUUUGACUCAAAGGGAUGGGGACUCCAUGGGAUCCAAGGAAGUGCUAGGAAUCGAAGCAACUUUUGUAUUGAUAAACCCCCAGGUCCACCAAAGAGGACUUGCCCUGGAAAUGACUAUUUCCUGCCAUCUCUUUGAUUUCAUUUUACUUGAAGUGUUCUUUGUAAUGUCAUCUUUACUUAAUCAGUAAAUGUCAUUCAGCAUCCAUUUCCUGUGUAACUCUGUUGCCUAAGCAUGAGGCCUGAGUCUGAGGGGAGGUCACAUAUAAAGGACUGUGAGGAGGUUGAACUUCAUCUAAAAGGCUGACAGAUGGAAUUGAGGGCCCACCCCAUGAGACUAAUGUCAGAAUGCUUAGGGAUGACAACUUGACAACACAAAACAACAUUCUUCUGGCCUAGCAACAGCCAGACCAGAGCCACUUCAUUAGUCCACACAUUCUGAAAUAAGGAAGAUGCCUCUAUCAAAUCCCCGAUCAUGAGUCCUUCUGGGAGUGGAGGAAUACAAGAUGGAUACAACAUUCCUUAUCUUGGAAUUUAUGCACUGAAGCACAGAUAAGUGCAAAUAUAGUGUGAAAGUUCAUAGCUAAAGUCUAGUUGUGAUCCUUUGGAAUCCCUGAGCAAGAAGAGGAGAUUAGGGAAAGCUUCCCAGAAGUAGGAGAUGAAGGUCAAGCAGAACAACAUAUACGAAGGCACCAAGCUGUGAAAUGGCCUGAUCUGUUUUGGAAGCUAUCUCUGAGCCCUAAAAUAAGAUGAAGUAGGAAUUGGAAGAAAGGGGCCCAUGAGUGAAGAGCCUGAUGAUGAAUGGUUGGGGGAAAGGGCUGGCAUCCAGGCUUUUUGAUGUGGGCCCUCAGUCUUCCCCCAAAAUUUGUCACCCACAGACCUGGAAUAUUCUCCUGCUCAUAAUGAGAAUAGUUCUGCUCCAAUCAAUCAGGAUGAACCUCAUGGACAUCACCAAGAUUUUCUCCCUCCUGCAGCCCGACAAGGAGGAGGAGGACACCGACAUGGGGGAGAAGCAGGCUCUCAGUCAAGCAGUGUAUGACAAUGACUCCUAUACCUUGGACCAGCUUUUGUGCCAGGAGCGUUACAAACGUUUCAUCAACAGUAGAAGUGGUUGGGGUGUUCCUGGGACACCCUUGCGCUUGGCUGCUUCUUAUGGCCACCUCAGGUGUUUGCAGGUCCUUCUGGCACAUGGUGCUGAUGUUGACAGUUUGGAUGUCAAGGCACAGACACCACUUUUCACUGCUGUGAGUCAUGGCCACCUGAACUGUGUACGUGUGCUUUUGGAAGCUGGUGCCUGUCCUGGUGGUAGCAUCUACAACAACUGUUCUCCUGUACUCACAGCUGCCCGUGAUGGUGCUGCUGCCAUCCUUCAGGAACUCCUGGGCCAUGGUGCAGAGGUCAAUGUCAAGGCUAAACUACCAGUCUGGGCAUCAAACAUAGCUUCAUGUUCUGGUCCCCUCUAUUUGGCUGCAGUCUAUGGGCAUCUUGACUGUUUUCGUCUGCUUUUGCUUCAUGGGGCAGACCCCAAUUACAACUGUACUGACCAGAGCCUAUUGGCUCGUGUCCCACGGCCCCGCACCCUCCUGGAAAUCUGUCUCCACCAUAACUGUGAACCAGAAUACAUCCAGCUGUUAAUCGAUUUUGGCGCUAAUAUGUACCUUCCAUCUCUCUCGCUGGACCUGAACUUGCAAGAUUAUAAAGGCAGUGCAUUGCUGUUGCAGGCCCGAGCCACUCCUCGGUCACUAUUAUCACAAGCCCGUUUAGUUAUCCGCAGAGCUAUGCUCCAGGCCAGCCAACCACAAGCCCUUGACCAGUUGGAUAUUCCCCCUGUGUUGAUUAGUUACCUCAAACACCAACUGUAAUCUUGCAGCCUUACCAUAAACCCACAAUGCCUACAAAAACCACCCGGGGAUCCAGGUAGCUGGAGGACACUACAGCUACACCUAUUCACCUAGAGCUGCUCUCCUGUAUUAUCCUCCACAAUA